AUGGCCCAGAACAUACCCACAAUUAGGGGGAGCUUUCAGGUAGCUCUUCCAUCCUACCAGAAUAAUGGAGAUCCGAGCCCGUCUGUCUCAGCCUCUGGAGAAUCAACCAGGGCAAUGGACCCGCCCAAAUUUGCACAAAGCGUGCAGCCUAACAUCUGGGCAGCCACCGGUACCACGUGGCUGACCACUAUACCACCAAACACUACUGCGAUCGACGUCGAGCGCAUCGCUGCCGAGGACACAUUCGCCCACCGGAACGAGGGCGAUGUCGUCCGUGCUGCGGCUCUCCACCUGCUCCAUCCGGUGCAUCAAGCAUUCUCUGCGCGCAACGGGAUCGGGAACACGUACCGUUGCCAGUCAGAGUUCACCCACCAGAAGGUCCGCGGCGACAUCACGUACUACAAGAAUACCCAACAGGGACCCCGCCAGUGCGCAGUCAUCGAGUUCAAAAAGCGUGGUUCUAUCCGCCCAACCGAGUUCCUGGCCGCGGUCAAGUGCAACCAGCCGCCGAGCGCACAGCAGACCCAAAACUUUGUCCAGGCGGCUUACGCAAGCAGGAACACGGACUAUACUUUCUUCACCGACAACUCCAGAAUCUUGAUCAAGCAGGCCGCUUCAUACGCAGUGGCACACCAGAUUCGUUGUGUUGCCCUGUUUGACUAUGAUUUCCUCGUUUUUGUCGAAUUCAACAACGUGACUGCCAAUGCAGUUGGGGACUACUGCGAGACGACUAUUAUCCCGGUCGCUAAUAAUACCAUCGUGCGGCCCGCGCUACUUGCUUUCCUAGCACAUGCUUACAACCAGUUUUGA